CGGAAUUAAUUGGUUGCUCUAAUCUCUUUUUUUCCACCCUUGCCAGUUUCUUCCACCUGCACCCAGUUGUCUUCAGCAUGGGGGAGCAGAACCACUCUCCCAGGAAGGAGCUUCAGCACAGAACACAAGCAGAGGCUCCAGGAAAGAAAAGCUGGCACUCCCAGGCCUAUGCCCUUGGGGCUGUUUCCAACUCUAUGUCUACUUUUCUGACCUUUCCUAUCUAUAAGGUUGUGUUCCGGCAACAGAUCCAUGCCAUGGCAGUGUCAGAGGCUAUGAGACAGCUUUGGCACGAAGGUCCUCAAUACUUCUACCGGGGAAUCUACCCUCCUCUUCUCUCCAAGAUGUUGCAAGGGACUCUUCUGUUUGGGACUUAUGAUAGCCUGCUGUGCUUUCUCUCUCCUGUUGGGCCACACACCCUGGGACGCCACUGGGCUGCAGGGAUCAUGUCUGGCCUGGUGGAGGCUGUGGCACUCAGCCCCUUUGAAAGGGUGCAAAAUGUGCUCCAGGAUGGUCGCAAGCAAGCUCGCUUCCCCAGCACCUUCAGCAUUCUUGAGGAAUUCAAUUCUUAUGGGCUUUAGGGGCGGCUGUCACGGGGCUACUACCAUGGUUUCUGACCUGUCCUGGCCAGGAACAGCCUGGGGAGCACUCUAUAUUUUUCUUUCAAGGACCCCAUGCAGGAUGGCCUGGCAGAGCAAGGCCUGGCCCAUUGGGUUCCUGCCUUGGUGUCUGGUAGUGUCAAUGAAACAAUCACCUGCCUAGUUCUGUAUCCUCCGAUUGUGCUUGUUGCUAAUAUGCAGUCCCAUAUGGGAUGGCAGAACAUGCCAAGCCUGUGGGCCUCUGCCCAGGAUGUGUGGAACACUUGGGGCCGAAAGCUGCUCCUGAUCUACCGUGGAGGCUCCCUGGUCAUCCUAAGGUCCAGUGUGACAUGGGGCCUCACUACGGUAAUCCAUGACUUCCUGCAGAGGAAGUCACACUCCAGGAAAGAGCUGAAGACUGACUAGCUGCAGAAAGUGUGGCAUGGCAGCUUUGUUAUUCUAAAUCUUCCCUGGUUGGUUCUAUAUAGCUUACUUCUUUGGCUCGGUUGCCUAAUACAGCCAUCUUUUAGCAUCUGUAAACUCAUUGCAUGGGAGAAGUUCCCAACUACCAACCUGUUGAGCAAGGACAAAGCCCAAAAGUAUUCCUUAGUCAAAAAGAAAUGUUCGCCCCAGUCUCUCCACAGCUUCAGUAGCCUCAGAGCCAGGAGGCCUUUAAAUAACGUGUAACCCAGAUUAAGUGUCAUUCCUUUAAGGAAUUCCUUGGCAAUAAGCAGAAACUUAAAAAGAUGACCUUACUUAGGCACUUUGAGCUCUGGGACCCCUCUAGGUGUCCUCCAGACCAAACUGAGUGGAACUCCAAUUUCAAACAACAAUGCUUGACUCUUAGGAUGGGAAUUCCAUAAAACUUCUCAGAUGGCUACAUUUUCAUGAUAUUGUUCGCUGCCUCUACCACCACCUCUCACUUCUCAAGGCUGUGGGUCCUACUUUCAGGGUAGCAGCUGUGGCUGGAAAUCCUAAAUUAGGCUUGCAUGAACUCGUCAGGUGCCACAAGAACUAGUGGCGCUGGAGAUGGGAUUGCGAAGAAGUGUGGCCCAUGGAUGGAAAGGAUAAAACUUUGAAAGAAGAGAUUUAAUUACAUGCAAAAUAGAAACAUUUGCUAUAGUCUGCUUGGUGUUAUCUGUUAGGACAUUUCUGAGAGCAAGGUGAUAACAUUGCCCAGAAACGAUUUGAGUUUCCCUAAGAGACCUGGAAGUGAAGUGACCAUAUCUCUUCACAGAUAAUUGCAUAUUUUUAAAAUUAUUUUAUUUUAUUUUAUUAUUAUUAUUAUACUUUAAGUUUUAGGGUACAUGUGCACAAUGUGCAGGUUAGUUACAUAUGUAUACAUGUGCCAUGCUGGUGUGCUGCACCGAUUAACUCGUCAUUUAGCAUUAGGUAUAUCUCCUAAUGCUAUCCCUAAUAAUUGCAUAUUUUGUUGAUGUGGUAAAUGUAGUUAGUAUGACAUAAAGAUCAGAAAUCUUAGCCUGUCAUUCAGAGCCAUUCAAAAUAUGCUCCUUAUAUAACUUUCAACAUAUUGUCACUCCACUUACAUAAACCCCAAACACUAGCCCUAAUUAACCUUGUUCUCUCCCCAGACAUUCCAUGAACUUUCCCAUGGCCAUACUUUGGCCCACACUAUUCUUUCCACCUGCAGUGCUCCUUCACAUGCCAGUCUACCAAAAUCCUUCCAGCUCCUCGAAGCCCAGCUCAGAGGUCACCUUCUCUUUGGAGCCUCUUGAUUUCCCCCAAGUGAAUGUGACAUUAGUCUCUGUGAUGCCCCUUUCUAACAGCACUUCAUAGAUGGUACUGAUUCUGUUAUGUCACUAAUCUCACGUGACCCUGUGUUCUUGUAUUCUUCAAUACCUCCUACUAGACCGUAAAACUUAUUGAAAGCAGGGAUUCUUGUAUGCAUUUUAAAAUCUUCCAUUGUGCCUAGGUGCUCAAUAACAUUGGUCGAAUUACUGAAUUGAUUAUCAAGCUCUGAUGUGGUAUAGCCUCCGGUUGCUGUCCCUUGCACAUGAAGAUAAAGUUAUUAACUCACUGUCAGCAAGACACAUGCCUUUGAGCUGUGUUUUUAUUUUCUUUUAAUAGUGGAUUUAGUUUUGUGCUAAUGAUAAUGAUGCUGCUGUUGAUAAUAAUAAUAAUAAUAAUAAUAAAUUACUUUCAACUGGAA